CCUACUUCAAUUCAGUUCCCACUUGCGUAAACAUAAACCGAGUAGUGGAUCCGGGGCGCCUCCUCUUGCUCCACUAUGUGGAGAGAACAUUUGUUCAGCAGCAUUCAUCUUGCACUCGACAGGAAGCCGAGGACAAAUAUAAUACCUGAGGAAGAGAGUUUAUCCAGCACAGCAUCUUCUGCAGUAUUUCAAAGUGGAGACAUAAAGUGCAUUACAAGAUAAACUUGUAUCGGAUUUGUUUGAGGUUAUUUUCCUCUUUAAGAAUUGGUGAUAACAGUCAGGAGGACACUUGAAAGAAGAUGCAGGAGUUGGAGAUUUGUGAGCUGUGAUGAGCGCAGGGCAUGCAGAGGCCAACGCGCCCGUCCUCCAGGGCCUCUGGGAGUCCGUGAGAUCGGGGCAGGAGGACAUCCUGCUCUCUCCUUACCUGCCGGCGUCCUUCGCCUUCUUGACUCACGUCGCGCUCUGCGCACCUUUCCUCGCGCUGGACGCGUUGGGUAGCGUCAGUCCGCGGGUCCGCUCGUGGAGGAUCGCUGCGGGAUCGGGUCCUCCGCCGUCCCUCCGCCGCUGGUUUGCCUGCUUUUUGAGGGUUCUGUACAGAUACGUGACCGCGGUGCUGCCGGCCACCGCGCUGUUCCACUCGCUGAGGAGCCCCGCGCUGCCGCAGCUGGCUCCGUCCUGCUGGCAGCUCUUCGUGGAAGUCUUCGCAUGUUUGCUGCUUUUUGACACGCUCUUCUUUAUAUGGCACGUGUCCAUGCACAGGGUUCCCUGGCUCUACCGUAACACCCACCGGCUGCACCACCAGCACCACGUGCCCUUCGCUCUGGCCGCUCAGGACAGCGGCUCUCUGGAGCUGCUGUCUCUGCUGCUGCUGGCUCUGAGCAGCACCUGGGUGGUGGGCUGCCACCCUCUGAGCGAAGUCUUCUUCCACCUCAUCAACAGCUGGCUGGCGGUAGAGGACCACUGUGGCUACGAACUGCCCUGGGCUCUGCACAGACAGCUGCCCUGUCUGGGAGGAGCCGCCUACCACCAAGCCCACCAUACUCUCCACAGUGUCAACUAUGCCCCCUACUUCAUUCACUGGGAUGUCCUCUUUGGCACUUACCGGGGACCAGUGUAGUAUUCACAUCCAGUGUGGUACAACUGUUUAUAUCAAACUGAGGAUUGCUCAAGUUCCAGCAAAGCUGCCAAGAUGCAUAAAAGGAUAUUUUCUGAAGAUUUCGAUCGUUCCUGACCAGCUUUCCAUAUUUCAUGGGAAUAUUUCAUCCCACGGUUUACAGCAAACCAACCAUGGCCAUUUCAGUCACACAUCCUACUAUGUCGAGAUGUUUUCAGAGUUGUGAACAUAAAAUGCCAUUUAUAUAAAAAUGAUUGAAAUCUGUAUUACUCAUGGACAAACAUCCGGUUCAAGUGCAGUAUUCGCAAUGUGAAACGUUCAUAACUCCAGCUGUUCUGUAUCAAGUGAAUGCAGUACGAGAGGAGAGGGCAGAGAUGAUGCCAUAAAUCCAGACAAUGAAAGAAUAAACACAUGUAAGUGAUGUGGCCUCGCCACAUGGGAACGUUUUUGAAUGGAUUCAUGCUUUCAUGUUGUAAGGCAGAUAAUGCAUUUAAUACAGUUUAUUUUUAGUCACUCCAGAUCAUAUGUGUAGUUAAAGAGAAUUACAAAUCUGGGUAACUGUUGGCUGACAUUCACUCAUACCAGGUCUCUUUGCAAAGUGGCUAAAAAAAAGAGAAACUAGAUGCAACUCAAGUUGGUAUACGGUACAGGUGAAAGCUGCAGCCAGUCAGAUUAGUUUACAUGACGUGUUCAAUACUUAUUUUACCCGCUGUAUAUAUCAUUCUGUGACUUCCUAUCUGGAGUGUUACCCAGACUCCUUGAGACUCUGUAUAACUUGCAAGAAUACAUUAUUUCAGAGACUAGUUUAUGAUAUUCGUCAUUUCAGCUUAAAAAGACUCAACAGCGGGUUGAGUGGGAGGUGGGAAAAGAAAUUUCUGGGCCUGACCAAGAAAUUGUCCGGCACAUAAACUAUAAAGUCUGACAGAAUAAACAUUUGAGUUGAUCUUAUAGUACUUAUAUGUUGAUUGUGUUACCUCAGUUUCCAGUUUUUAUGCUACACUAUAUGGAAAACUGCCUGCUGGCUGU